AUGUUACUGAUCCCGGUCCUGGUCGGGCUGUGCGCAACUGCCGCAGCAUCGGUCCUCCCGGUCGAGCAACAGCCAUUAGCCGAUCCGCGCGAACUGCACAGCACCGAUGAGGCUGUCAACGGAGUCACUCAGACACCAACAGAAUCGAUCAUCUCGAAACCGCGUGGGCGCUUCCUACACAUUACAGAUUUUCAUCCCGAUCGAUACUACAAGGCCGGUUCAUUGAUCGACGAGAAGGGUGGCACAUGCCACCGCGGUAAAGGAUCGGCUGGUUAUUUUGGCGCAGAAGGCACGGAUUGUGAUUCGCCAUUGUCGCUGGUGAACGAGACCUUUCGAUGGAUCGAGCAGAAUCUAAAAAACGAGGUCGAUUUCGUCAUAUGGACAGGCGAUUCGGUUCGGCACGAUAACGAUGAGAAGCACCCGCGCUCUACUGACGAGGUGAUCGCACUCAACAAGUUCAUGGCCCAAAAAUGGGUGGACGUCUUCGGAGUGCGCGAUAGCGCCAACAGCCCAACGAAUGCGCCGAGGCUGUCGGUCCCGGUGAUUCCAACGUUCGGCAACAACGACAUUCUGCCCCACAACAUUUUCCGGAAAGGAUCAAAUAUGUGGACGAAAAAGUAUGCUGAAAUCUGGCGCAAUUUCAUCCCAGAGGACCAAAGGCACUCCUUCGUGGAAGGUGGGUGGUUCACCGUUGAGGUCAUUCCGGGCCAGCUGGCGGUCAUCAGUCUGAAUACCAUGUACUUCUUCGACUCCAACAGUGCGGUGGACGGGUGCAAUGCAGCAUCGGAACCAGGCUAUGAACACAUGGAAUGGCUGCGGGUACAAUUGCAGCUGCUGCGUGACCGUGGGAUGAAGGCCAUUUUGACUGGCCAUGUCGCUCCAGCCCGAUCAAAGGAGAAGAAGAAUUGGGAUGAGAGUUGUUGGCAAAAGUAUACGCUUUGGAUGGAUCGCUACCGCGAUGUGAUUGUUUCCGGUCUAUACGGGCAUAUGAAUAUUGAUCAUUUCAUUUUGCAAGACAGCCACAAGGUCAAGGUGAACAAUCUGCUAGAGUCGUCUAUGAAUGAUGACAUAUCUAUCGCCUCGAAGGAGGACUACUUGGUUUCCUUACGGAGACAAUGGUCGGCCCUUCCAUCGCCUCCAAAAGGACUCUUUGACAGGCUGCGCGACUCAGAGGCGUCUCCAAUCGAUGCCUCGAAGAAGAAAGGCAAUAAACAGAAAAGGAAGCACAGGAAAGAGCGCAAGUACUUGCACAAGAUUGGAGGUCCUUUCGCCGAACGAUACAGUCUUUCCCUAGUGUCACCAAGUAUGGUGCCCAACUACUUUCCCACCCUGCGGGUGGUUGAAUACAAUGUGACUGGAGUCAAACUCUCUUCCCUUGGGGAGCGACAUGUUUCCGAGACCGCUGAAACAUUCGACCGGAUUCCCACACCUGAAGUAGCUCAUGCUGAGACUUCGCCGGUUGAGGUUGAGAAAAAGAAGAAGAAAAACAGGAACAAAGAUAAGGAAAAGAAGCCACCCAGUUUCCCGAUGCCCGAGCCUCCGUCCUCCUCAGCGCCUCCGGGGCCGGCCUACUCGAACCAACCAUUUACUCUGCUCUCUUAUACCCAGUACUACGCAAACCUGACUCGACUCAAUGCCGAGAUCGCCGCCCGGGCCCACAAAGACCCGAGGAUCGAAUUCGAAGUUGAGUAUUCAACAUUGGACGAGGGCGCCUGUCAGAUGCAUGAUCUAACAGUGCGGAGCUUCUUGGAGAUUGCAACUCGAAUCGGCGAAGAUGGCGCCGCCGCGUCCGAACAGCUUCCUUUCGCUGGGUCCUCAGCUGUUGGACAGAUGAAAGAGAAGGUCAACCAAGCGUGGCGCACCUUCCUUUCUCGGGCGUUUACCGGCUUUGUCAAUGUGGAUAACCUGAACCUACAGCAAGACUCUCAUUGA